AUGAAAUCUUAAGUUGAAUAAUGUGAAUUAUUGUUAAAAUAAUAACAAUAUUAAGAAUUAUCAAAUGAAGUUAGCAGGAUGUUAGAGGAAGAAAGAGAUUCGGAAGAGGAGAUCUAAUAAAAGCUAGAGUAAUACCAAGAAUAAGUAAAGUACUUGGAAUAAUUGAAAAAAGAAGAAGAAACAUUAAAUGAAUAUUACUCCGAAUAUUUCAACCAUAUAGAGCAGGAAAAACAAAUACUCUAGUAAAUUGAAAAUGAAAUAUAGAUUUAAAAAUAAAGGGAAAUUUAGUUAUAGAUCGAUUUAAAAGUAGCUGCUGAACAAGAGCAAAUAAUCAAAAAGAGAACUUUAUGA